AUGACAGAGGUGUCUGGAUACUGUCGAAGGGUCAGCUUCAAUAACGUCCACCCGGACGACGACAAUGCCCUGCGGUUUUAUAACUACUCCUUCCAUGAACCCGUGCUGCCGACUGACCCUCCUCGUUUCUUUGGAAACUAUUCCUUUUCCCAUAAACGGCCAAAGUUGCCUGAGCCUCCUUCCAAGUCCAUUUUGAAAAAUAGACUUUCCCAGCAGCAGCUUACUGACAAUUUGGUCCGUGCCCGUUCUUUGGGCGUGAGCUACCAUGGCGAUAUCAAUGAUUUGGUCGAUUGUCCUCCAGAAACAGUGCCCCGGUCUGAACUGGCCACGGAGCUGGCGGCUGUGGAAGAUGACGAUGACCAGGACGAAGAAGACGACCCAAAACUGCCUCGUGGGUCUGUUUCUGACCAGGCCUUGUCUAAAUUCACUGGCCGGAGAAAGUCCUACUCCGGUAUGACCGAUGAAGAACUCAUGGCUCUAGAUCCACAGUACAACACCCCUAAAACGUCCGAUAUCAGCUCCUUCAAGUUUGACUCCCAGCAGACAUAUUACAAGUCCAGCCCUAGACGCACCUCGGUCACUCCGACUCCGGCAGUCGCUUCCAAACAGGUUAUCUACCCGCUGUCGAACGAAAACAACUAUCCUUCAAUUCUGCUUACAACCAAACACGAAGAUUACGACCACAAUAUCCUGACGGCACGGAAACUCUUGACCGUCUUGUCUGGCCGCAAACAUACAUGGAACCUGUUAGACUGGCUCUUGCAGACCGAGCGGAAAGACUCCGAUAUCAAAGAAUCUGGCUUCCUCCAGAACGGCGACUACUUGAUUGUGGCGGCUCUAGUCCCUCUCAAGUACUUCAAUGCUAACACUACCCGCAAGAAGAACGCCCUAGAAGACAAGCUCUACAAGAAAUGCGAGCACUUGCUCAAUUACAUCCUCCAAUCGCUUCCUGACCAGCUGCUCUGUCUCAAAAUAACUGUGGAGUUUAUCAUUGAUGUCCCUCCUGCUGACCCCAUGUCUUUGGGCGGCAACAAGGCUCCUCCUGUGGGCACAAAGUUUAUGGUUGACCAUAUCUUCAAGCAAUACCUGCCCAACUUGGUAAUAUUGGGAAACAAGUCCACUAACCUUAAUUUCAAGUACCCCAUGCGGAAGAUUAAGGCAAGCCUGUCCAUGUCUGCAGCUACUACUCCAUCUGGCCAGGGUUUUCCCCUUAGCAAGUUCGCCCUGGCUCCUCAAAUGAUGAAUAGAGGCGAUGAACACGAAAUGUACCUCAUUAAAUUGAGUUCCUACGUGAUCAAGUAUUCACCUGUCCCAGUCAUUGUGGUUGGAGCUCUCAACACUGUGGUUCAUCAGAGAAACGGGCACAAACCACUGUUGGUGACAUUCUCUGAAGAGCCUCGUAUGCAUAAAGGUAGCUUGGACGUUCCUCCCCAUAAUAUCAGAAAGAACUCGACGACUUCAUCUACUUCCAUUGAAUCAUACUCAGGAAACCAUCCUGACGAUGCAAGUUUAUGCUCUCUGACAGAGUCUGCUCAGCAUAUCAAUAUGGCUGAGAGCCUUGCAGAUGUUGUUGCAUCAGAGUCAGAAACCAAGUUCCAAGAUAUGCUUGCAAUCAUUUCCUCGAGCUCGCUCACAGAGCUGAAAGAUUACAUCCACGCUAUCAACGACAAUUCGAAGAUCCCGUCAGUCAGGCUUAAUAGCAAAGUUCAUCAGGCGUACCAAAGUUACACCAACACACGCACUGGAAGCCAUACGGCGACGAAGACGAUUUCCAAUGGCAGUAGCGGCAAGCCCUACAAAGUCAAGAGCAUGAUUUCAUACAGCGAGGAAGAGGAAAAAAAGAAUGAGAAGAAGCUCAAUGACAAGCGUCUCAAGAAGUCCAUUUCACACUCAUCAGCGGGACUGAGCAACAGUGACAAGAAAGUCAAGAAGAAGAAAUCCUUCUUGCAAAAAAUCGGAUUAAAAAAGUCAUGA